AUGGGAUACGGUGGUUACAGGAGGAUGAACUUCAGUACAACAAAUACUACGUUCGCCCCAAACACUUCUAACGAAGCCGUUCCUGAUGUUUCUGGACGCACGUUUUCUAUGAGGGUAGUUGUAUCGACUUUUCUUCUUGUUUUGGGGUUGAUGGCCAUCGUGGGAAAUGUUGCGGUCGUCAUCGCUACCUUCUGGAACGAGAAACUUCGCAGCCAAGCAAGUAAUCUCCUACUCGUGUAUUUGUCAAUGACCGAUGCAAUUACUGGGCUUUUUGUUAUUAUCCCGUCAGCGUUAUCGGUUGGCAUUGACUACUGGCCAUUUGGUGAUAUCCUCUGCAAGCUGCAGAACGGAUUUCUGUAUACUUGUUCCUGUUCUUCUUCGUUCAAUAUUUCAGCAAUUAGCGUGGACAGGGCGAUAGCAGUGAUGAUGCCGUUGCAGUACCCCAAUAUCAUGUUCCGUAGAAGGAUAGAGUACAUCUGCGCCGUUCUUUUCCUUCUGGGUGUCAGCACUGAAAAUCUAAAAGACAUGACUACCUGGCGCCCAGUAUUUGCUGAGCCCUACUCUGAAUGGUUUACCCCCAGUUUCAUCGACAUCGAAAAUGUCUCCCAUCUUCUAAUACAACAAAAGGAGGUUCAAACUAUGGGGCAGGCUUUAGACUACCUUUAG